AUGGAGAUCCUUUGUAAAAGCUAUCAUCUGUGUCCAGCAAUUUGUAACUACGCGUGUAUGUACCAGAACUUCCAAGGACCUGAUAACCCAACACGUACAAAGUCGGUUCAAGUAGGUGUUGGAGAUGAAACCGCUGAGGUUGACAAGAAUGUGGACAUAUCCCUCAGCUCGGCGAGCAUGAAGAAGGGUGGUUACAGGGCUUGCAUGUUUGUGUUCGGAUUGGCCUCGCUGGAGAAUAUCGGGUUUGUGGCCAACAUGUCAACCAUGGUCCUCUACUUUUCCUAUGUUCUCUACUUCAGCCUGUCAACAUCUGCAAAUACUCUCACCAACUUCAUGGGCUCGGUUUGCUUGCUCUCGCUCAUUGGUGGCUUCAUCUCGGACACUUACAUAAAUCGACUCUACACUUGUCUGAUAUUUGGCUCCAUGGAAGUUGUGGCCCUUGUUAUGGUCACAAUUCAAGCGUAUUCCAAGAAUCUUCACCCUGACCCCUGCGGCAAAUCAUCAUGUGUUGAAGGAGGCAAAGCACUCUUUCUGUACACCUCUAUGUUUCUGCUCGCACUUGGUGCUGGUGGAGUUAAGGGUGCUCUUCCGGCACUCGGUGGCGAUCAGUUAUAUUGGAACGGUAUCGAUGGAGGGAAGGCUCUUGCGAGUUACUUUAAUUGGUACUUGCUCAGUACAAUUCUUGGAGGCAUCAUUGGAGUCACUGGUGUUGUGUGGGUUAACAUGAAUAAGUCCUGGUAUUGGGGAUUUUUUAUCGGCACGAUGACCGCAUUAUUGGGAUUCAUCGUUCUUGCUAUUGGAAAGCCAUUCUACCGUUUUCCUCCCCAUGGGAACAGUCCUCUGUUGAAGAUCGCACAGGUCAUCGUGGUUUCAAUUCGGAAUAGACACUUAACUCCACCAGUAAGCCCGGACGAAUUGUAUGAGAUUAGUGAGAAAGAAAGAGAUCCAUCUGAAGAGAAAAUUCCACAUACCGACCAAUUCAGGUUCCUGGACAAAGCGGCUAUUCUCUGCGACGGAACAAAUGCAGAUCCCUGGAAAGUCUGCACAGUAACCCAAGUCGAAGAAGUGAAAGUACUCACAAGGAUGCUUCCCAUACUUUUCAGCACAAUCAUAAUGAACACAUGCAUGGCACAACUGCAAACAUUCUCAGUACAACAGGGCUACUUCAUGGAUCCCUACAUUGGCUCAUUCAAAUUCCCGACUGCAUCGAUCCCCGUUAUACCCCUGUUCUUCAUGUCCUUCCUCAUACCCUCCUACCAGUUUGUUUUCGUUCCCUUCGCUAGAAAAAUCACAGGACAUCCGACGGGCAUCACACAGCUCCAGCGCGUCGGAGUAGGGCUCGUACUUUCAAUCAUCUCUAUGUCGAUCGCGGGAUUGAUCGAAGUGAAGAGAAGGAAUCGCUCCAUUGAAGAUCCGUUGCAUCCCAUCAGCUUGUUCUGGCUCUCUUUCCAAUACGGCAUAUUCGGGAUUGCCGAUAUGUUCACAGUGGUCGGAUUGCUAGAGUUCUUCUACAAGGAGGCACCCUUGGGAAUGCGGUCGCUAUCUACUUCUUUCACGUGGCUGUCGCUAUCCUUCGGCUACUUCCUGAGCACCAUCUUUGUCAACAUCAUAAACUCGGUCACCAGAAGGAUCGCCCCGAGCAAGCAAGGGUGGCUGCACGGGAAGAACCUGAACUCGAACAAGCUGAACCUGUUCUACUGGUUCCUGGCUGUGCUGAGUUGCCUCAACCUGGCAAACUAUGUGUUUUGGGCUUCCUGGUACAAGUACAAGAUAAAAGAUUCAGAAUUCAAAACCGAAGCCAAGUCAACAAAUGGGCAGAACUAG